AUGAGGUAUUUGAUCCAAGUACCUGAUUUCGUAUUCUCAAAUCAAAAUUCUUCUGAUGAUAAUAUCAAACGUGUAUUUAUUGGUAAACAUUUAACAAAACAACAAUCGGAAUUUGCAUAUAAAAAAUGUCAAGAACAUCAUCAACAACAACAACAACCAUCUUCGAAUAUUAACCGUCGACAACAUAAUAAUAAUAAUAAUUUACUAUCAUCAUCACCAACAACGACAACGCAACAACAAAUGACGAUCGAACAACCAAAACGUAGUGCGGAUGAAAUUAAUGAAAGUGAUACUGGAAAACUAGAGCUCAUUUCUGAACAAUCUCCGUCAUUCAUUGUGGAAGAUACACAAUAUAUAUUCUCCAUGCAAACAACAACAGCGAUAAAUACCAAAAUUUUCAACAUCAUCCUCAUUAUCAUCGAAUUGGAUGAAAAAGCUCUACAAGCUCGAAAGUUAUUAAUAUUCAUUGUAACACGUUUUUAUUAUAAUCAAAACAAUAAUAUCAAUGUUCAAUCAUUAGAUAGUGUGAUAAUGAAAACAUUUGUCAUUCAAUCUCUUGACAAAUUAUCUGUAGAUGGUUGUUCAAUAAAAUGGAAUAAUCAAGAACCCCCUGUUGUCGACCGAAUUCUAUAUGCUAACACAAAAAUUGAAUUCAAAAUUAUUUGUCAAACACCAACAUUGAAUGAUACAAAUGCCGUUAUACGUGGUAAGAAAAAACCAAUUCUAGAUCCAGAAACAUCGAAUAAGGUUAUCAAAAUCGAGGGCAUAAUUGGUCGAGUGGCUACUUGUUUACCAAUUCAAUUUGACUUUCCAGCAGGGUCUUCCAGUAAUUCAAAUAGUAAAGUAAAUGAUGAGGCAGAAAUGAACAAACAAUUCUGGGAAGAUAUGGAGAUAAAAAAUUUUAUCAUUGAACAACAAGGAUGUGAUUAUACAGGACAAAAUGUGAAAUUGACACAAUCAACCAACUACACAAGUAUGGCAAAAAUGAAGCAAACAACAAGUGCUGAAACUACACGAUCAGAUGUAAAUUAUCUAUCGACAUGGAAUGAUGGGUUCUAUGUCAUUGAAUUUUACAAACCCACUGGCGAUUUGAAUUUAGAUGUUGUUUUAGGUGUAUCGAUGAAAUCAGCAAAAGGUUAUUUAUCUGCCGAUGAAUUUCUAUCGUUGAUAUUUUAUGGAGUUAUGUGUGCUAUUUAUGCUUUAUUCGCUAUUUUUUGGUUUAUAUGGUGUUCUUUUUAUUGGCGAGAAUUAUUAAAAAUUCAAUUUUGGAUUGGUGGUGUUAUUCUCAUGGGCAUGGUUGAGAAAUCGGCAUUUCUCGCUGAAUACGAUACAACAAAUCGUUAUGGUUACACAAUGCAGUAUGCCAUUCUUACAGCUGAAAUGAUUUCGUGUUUAAAACGUACUGUAUCACGCAUGUUAGUCGUUAUUGUUGCACUUGGGUUUGGGAUUGUUAAACCGCGUUUGGGUCCACUUAAGCAAAAAGUAAUUGGGAUGGGUAUGCUUUAUUUUACUAUUGCCGCUAUAGAAUCACUGGUACGCUUAUACUCGAAAUAUGACGAAAAAAAUAGAAGAGUAUUGGCUUCACGAACUCCAUUAGCUGUAAUUGAUGCAACUAUUUGUUAUUGGAUAUUUACGGGUUUGGUGCAAACAACGCGUGCAUUACGUGUACGAAAAAAUGUCAUUAAGCUUAGAGUUUAUCGUCAUUUUACAAAUACAUUAUUGUUUGCAAUUUUUUCUUCAGUUUUAUUUAUGUUAUGGUCAUUAAAAGCACACUUUGUAAAAUGUGUGACUAAUUGGAGAGAAUUCUGGGUCAAUGAUGCAUUCUGGCAUAUUUUAUUCUCUCUCUUACUGCUUGUCAUUAUGUUAUUAUUUCGUCCAUCGAAUAAUAAUCAACGUUAUGCAUUUCUUCCUCUUUUGGACGAUGAACGAGAUUGUGAUCCAGAGGAUAUAGAUGAUUUAGAUGAAGAAAAGGGCGAGUCAACUCUAUUUGAAACGCUUAAAUUACGCAGUAAACAACAAGAAAAUGGAACAUCAGCUAUUGGUGUUAGAAUGACUAAAAAACAACAACAACAUGCAGAAAAAAAUUUAAAUAUAAAAGAAGAUAAAAAUGCUCAAGAAUCAAAUACUAUUGAUGACAAAUUGGCAUGGGUCGAAAAUAAUAUUCCGACGUCAAUUGCUGAUCAAGCAUUGCAGGCACUUGAUUCAGAGGAUGAAAUCGUUAAUACGAAAUUAGAACGAUCAAAAAUGCAGUAA